AUGACUACCGAAUCGAAGGUUUUUACCCAAAAGGCGCUGAUUGUCGCAUCGUUUUUGCUGUCAGGUUACGGAACAUUGUUCUUGUUCCUGUUCAGCCACUUUGGAAAGCACUACAGAACUCCAUUCACCGGAUUUUUUAUUGUCACUGACAUCUAUUGGUUGGUGACAAUGUUGCUCCAGGUGUUUUUCAUUGUCAAAGUCUUCUUCGACAAGACCGUUGCAGCAGAGAACAAAGCCGCCAUUAGUGAAAUAGUGGGCCCUCAUUUCGCCAUUAACAAUGCCCUACAUUUCCUUUGGUGCUACUUCUUCCACAAGGAGAAGUUUGCCUUGGCCGAAUUGGUUCUUGUCAUCAAUUUGCUGAACCUGCUGGCCCUCUACUUCACUCAUCGCACUGUUGCCAUCAAGAACGUCAGCGAUUGGCUCACUGUCCACUUCCCAGUCACUGCUCUGCCCCUGUCUUGGACCAUGUAUGCCAUAUUUUGGAAUGGAGCUUGUUUGUUCCAUUCGCACAACAAGUCACUCCUGGCACGUAUUUUGGCAAACGUGUUGGUUUGGGAGUUCCUCGUCGUUCCUCUGGCAAUAUUAGUUUUCUACCAGGACUGGUCCAUUGGUCUGAGUACCAGCUUGCUGAUGUUAGGCCUUGGAUUUGGCCAGCUUUUCACAAAAGUGGUUGCUUUACAAUGGCUGUUUGCCUUCAUUAUUGCAGCCGUCAAUUUUGUGGUUUCGGUGGUGAUCAUGUUCGGAUCUGGUUUGAGAACCGUUAACAGGGAAGAACAAGCUCCAUUGCUGAGCUGA